AUGAAGCCAACGUUCCACGCGCAUCUGAAUGUGAGCGACCUUAUACUCGGCGUGGCGGCCAUGUCGCGCUGCGACCACGGCUGCUCGCACCAGUGCCACCACCGCGCCCGCCACCGCCCCGCUCGCCACUGCGCUCCGCCCCCCUGCGCCGUGGUCCACGUGGCCGCCCCGCCGCCCGCGCCGAUGACGACGACGGGUGCCUACAUCCGCAUCGUGCGGGCCAGCUACGGGGCCGGCGGGCACUGGCUCGACGUCACGGACGUACUCCAGCGGCUGGUUAUGGGUCAGGGCGGCCUCUCGCUCAACGCCUUCGGCAGCCGACGCAGCAUGAACGCCCUCUUUGGUGAUCCCAUCUACGGCAAGGCCAAGAGGCUCGAGUUCACCUACGAGGUCGUCGGUCAGCCCAAGUCCCUCACACUGUCCGAGGACCGCAAGCUCAGCUUGACGAUGGCCGACAUGUACCACCAGAGCGUGGGCGCGCACGUCGCGGUGCCGCAGGAGGCGGCCCACUUCAGCCUCGUGCUCCUGCAGAGCUCCUACGGCAUCGGCGAGUGCCGCUACGACGUGGCCUCGGUGCUCGGCAACAUGGCGGCCCAGCAGGGCGGGAGGGGCGUGACCGCCUUCGGCUACUUCUUCUCGCCCAAUGGCUGCAUGAACAAGGCCUUCGGCGACCCCGCGCCAGGGAUGGAUAAGGACUUGCGCGUAUCGUACAUCUGGCGCACGCCCGUCAUGAGCUGCUCGGCGGCCGAGGACCAGCAGGUGCACCUCUCCUACGCGGCCCUGAGCCCGUGCCUUUGA